ACGCAGUGCAAGAAAGAAGGCGCGGCGAGGCACUAGCAAACUUGUAGCUAUAUGCUUCAAAGAAAAUGUACGGCCUGUAUUCAUGGUUUUGGAUUUUGGCAACUCUGAGCGGAAUCGCUUCAAAAAAGAUGAAAUUGGAAACGAAACUGAGCAAUGAUCAAAUCACAAAAUGGGAAAUGCAAAAUUUAUUAGGCCAAAACGGGAAACGCGAAUCCAAAAUAAAAAUCAAUGAGGGCAAAGUUUCCUCUACACAAGAGAAGCUUAUGGAUAGAUUUCGCGUUAAGAGGAACGUUUUAUCUUCUGGUUCAGUAAGAAUUCAAGGACCAAGAAACAGUGAAGGGGUAGGUCGUGUCGAAAUAUUUUAUAAUGGACAAUGGGGGACAAUAUGUGACGAUAACUGGGAUGUGAAAGAUGCAAUGGUUGUUUGCCGUCAACUUGGUUUUAGUGGCGCUGUAAGAGCUUUACAGGGAAGUUCUGUUCCAGAUGGUAAAGGAACAAUAUGGUUAGAUGAUGUUGCUUGCACCGGUUCGGAAGCAAAGUUAUCUAGUUGCUCACAUAGUGGAUGGAAAACUCACAAUUGCGGUCAUUAUGAAGAUGCUGGUGUAGAAUGCCUAGCAAAUAAGCCCGUCCGACUUCAAGGACCAAGAAGCAGCCAAGGAGUUGGUCGUGUUGAAAUAUUCUACAAUGGAGAAUGGGGGACAAUUUGUGACGAUAGUUGGGAUUUGCAAGAUGCUAGGGUUGUAUGUCGUCAGCUUGGUUACAGCAGUGCUGUAAGAGCCUUGCAAGGAAGCUCAGUCCCUGAUGGCAGUGGAAAGAUAUGGUUGGAUGAUGUAGCUUGUGUAGGUUCGGAAGAUAGUUUAUCUAACUGCUCGCAUAAAGGAUGGGAAAAUCAUAAUUGUGCUCAUAGUGAAGAUGCUGGUGUUGAAUGUUUAACAUACGAGCCCGUUCGACUUCAAGGACCGCAAAGCAGUGAAGGAACAGGUCGUGUUGAAAUAUUCUACAAUGGAGAAUGGGGGACAAUUUGUGAUGAUCACUGGGAUUUGCAAGAUGCUAUGGUUGUAUGCCGUCAGCUUGGUUACAGCAGUGCUCUAAGAGCUUUGCAAGGAAAUUCCGUCCCCGACGGUAGUGGAAAGAUAUGGUUAGAUGAUGUAGCCUGUACUGGUUUGGAAGGUAGUUUAUCUAAUUGCUCCCACAGAGGAUGGGAAAAUCAUAAUUGUGGUCAUAGUGAAGAUGCUGGUGUUGAAUGUUUAACAUACGAGCCCGUUCGACUACAAGGACCAAGAAGCAGCGAAGGAGUUGGUCGUGUCGAAAUAUUACACAACGGACAAUGGGGGACAAUUUGUGAUGAUAGUUGGGAUUUACAAGAUGCUAAGGUUGUAUGUCGCCAACUAGGCUAUAGUGGCACUUUGAGGGCUUUACAGGGAGGUUUUGUUCCAGAUGGAAGUGGAACGAUAUGGUUGGAUGACGUUGCUUGUAACGGUACAGAAACUAGACUAUCAAGUUGCUCCCAUAGUGGAUGGAAAAAUCACAAUUGUGCUCACAAUGAAGAUGCUGGUGUAGAAUGCUUGACUUAUGAGCCCGUUCGACUUCAAGGACCAAGAAGCAGCCAAGGAGUUGGUCGUGUCGAAAUAUACUACAAUGGACAAUGGGGGACAAUUUGUGACGAUUACUGGGAUUUGCAAGAUGCUAAGGUUGUAUGUCGUCAACUUGGUUAUAGUAGUGCUCUAAGAGCGUUGCAAGGAAGUUCUGUUCCUGAUGGUAGUGGAAAGAUAUGGUUGGAUGAUGUCGCUUGUGCAGGUUCUGAAACUAGUUUAUCUAAUUGCUCGCACAGAGGAUGGGAUAAUCAUAAUUGUGGUCAUAGUGAAGACGCUGGUGUUGAAUGUCUAACACGUCUAACAUACGAGUCCAUUCGACUUCAGGGACCAAGAAGCAACCAAGGAAUUGGUCGUGUUGAAAUAUUCUACAAUGGACGAUGGGGGACAAUUUGUGAUGAUCACUGGGAUUUGCAAGAUGCUAGGGUUGUAUGUCGACAACUUGGUUAUAGUGGCGCUGCAAAGGCUUUGCAAGGAAGUUCUGUUCCUGAUGGUAAUGGGACAAUAUGGUUAGAUGAUGUUGCUUGCACGGGUUCGGAGGCCAAUAUAUCUAGUUGCUCGCACAGUGGAUGGCAAAAUCAUAAUUGUGGUCAUCAUGAAGAUGCUGGUGUUGAAUGUCUAACACGCGUUGAUCAAUGUUCACAGCAGAAUCAAUAUUGCAGCGAAAAUGCCGAUUGUGUUAACACCUUUGGACGUUUUAUGUGCGUGUGUCGACCAGGUUACACAGGAAAUGGCUUGCGUUGCGUAGAUAUUGAUGAAUGUUCUCUCUCCCUCGAUAACUGUCAUGAACACGCCACUUGUGUAAACACUAACGGAUCAUUUUUAUGCAGCUGUAACUUAGGUUAUUAUGGAAACGGAGUAUUAUGUUCAGAUGGCAAAAAAUGCCAGGCCUCCAUAGAACUUGGUUUUAUAUUGGAUGGUUCUAGUAGCAUGGGAGCAAGCAACUUUGGUAAAAUGCUCACAUUCGUAAAAGAUCUUCUGGAUCACUUCGUCAUCUCUUCUUACAACACACGUGUUUCUGUGAUAACAUAUGCAUCAUCAACGGCGAUGGAAAUCUCAUUUGCCCAAACAUUCAGCACCAAACAAGAUCUUCAUUCGGCCAUCGAUGCCAUUACCUAUCCUGGCGGGGAUACAAACACUGGCGCUGCUAUGCACAAGGCUUACAGUGAAAUGUUUCGAGAAAAUGUCACUCGAGCUGCACUAGAAGCAAAGAGAGUACUGAUAGUGUUAACAGAUGGACCAAGCCGAGAUAGUGUGACACAACCAGCUCAAAAACUAAAGAAUGAUGGAGUAAUCAUUUACUCUAUUGGAGUGGGUUCUGGAAUUUCAAGAUCCGAGCUCAUUACAAUGGCGUCGCUUCCAUCAAAUGAGCACGUGGUUGAGCUGAACAAUUUCGGAGAGCUUGCUUCUUUUGCUAAGAAAAUGUCCUCCAUUGUUUGCCAUGCUAGUUCGUAUCAUCUAAUGUGUGGAUCAAACGGAAUGACACUGUCAUUCGGACGAUACGUUUUUGAUGGUUAUGACCUGAACAGCAUUUAUCUCCUCGACGUUAAAUGCAAAGCCUCCUAUAACGCUACGCGCGUUUCCAUAACGACAUCUCUGAAUGGGUGUGGCACAAAGUAUUCUCAAACCGAACAGGAGAUGUUUUACAGUAAUACGUUGACAGCAUUAGCAUCUAUAACUCCAGGUGCAGUCAUUACAAGAAAGAAAACUAUAAAAGUAGACUUUCGAUGCGCCUACAACCGUUUAAUCAGCGUCAGUGGAAAGAGCUUUGAGCCACCGGAACCAGUGCUCGAAAUCACAAAGACAAACUUGGGGAACUUCACUGUCGAACUUGGUUCUUUUGCUGAUGUACAAUUUUCCCCUUCAAGCUUCGAGCAAUACCCUGUCUUCAAAGGGUCUCAAGAUCGUAUUAACAUACAAUACGGAGUGCGGACAGUCAACACCGACAUUGUCGUGCGAGCAGAGUCAUGUCACGCUACACCAACAAACAAACCUUACGAUACACCACAGUAUUCAAUCAUCGCCGAGAGUUGUGAUAAAGAUCCAACUAUUGUCCAUCUUACGACGGGAUUGCGUCAGACUCACAGAUUUACGUUGCAAGUCUUCCGAUUUCUCGUUAACCACACGUUGGUCUACAUUCAUUGUAAUCUCCGACUAUGUAACAGAAACAUACCGAACUCCUUGUGCACGCGCAGUACCACGUGUCCUGUGAGAUCACGUCGCGACGCUACUUCAAGAGAUGACACCUAUUCAGUUUCCAUCGGUCCUCUAAUUUCCAGGGAGACUAACUCAGGUCGAGGUCAGGUGUGCAACUCAAAAAUAACGAUGAUUGGAGUCAUGAUGAUAAUGUGGUUAUCUGCUUAUAUUUAUGUCAUAUAACCAGCGGCGUUAUUCAUAAAUAUUACCAAGUCCUCUCUUUUAUAAACCAAGCAAAAGAACAUAAACAUCGAUAAUACGUAGCCGGAAACGAGAAAAGUACAAGAUAAAUUUAGAUCAUUUUGCCACUUAAUAAAGUGAAUAGUUUGAAUUCAGUUAUUGAAUGGGUAGGUCCGAUUCAUUUCCUAGCUUUCUUGCCUUUUCUUCACCUUCUUGUAUAAAUUUCAAUCUAUUUAUGGUUGAAUCAUGCUUCAAAACAGUCUUCAGCAAGAACAGUGCAAAGAUGGAAUUGCCAGCGUACCCAAGAUAGUAUGUCGUCCUAAAGAAAUCUAAGAAACUUUAAAAAUAAAUUCAUUGCCAUAUUCAAUGAUAACCAUUUUUCAGGUAAACACUAUAUCAUUAACAGUUUGUUUUGGAAAA